CAUGGAUGCACCAACAAACUGAAGCUGUCUUGGCAAGGAAGGCGACGUUCGGCUAACGCCUCUUCAUUCAAGCACUUUGGGGUAUUGAGGUCAUGCCCCCGGCCUGAGCGACAAUCCGUUGAAAGCUAGGUGAUGCCCUUCAGCGUGGCAUGGCAAUGCACACACACAACAACCGCAAUGACAAGCACAGCACGAGUUCACCACAAGGCAUUGGCCAUUGUUCAAUGGUUUCGUCCUGCAAUUGCUAGCAGCCUGCGAGGUGGUUUGCCAACCGUCUCAAAAUAGGUUCAACCGACAUAGACGGUUGGUUAUGAGAGAGCAAAACGCUCAGCGUCGGCACGGGUGGCCGACCUCAUUCAGCAACCUUGUCCACGUGCCGAACACCCAUCGACUCACCCCUCGCAAAUUUUCAUCAUGCUUGCUGCGGGCCGUCACCGUGACCAGAUCAUGACCAAGAGCAUGUCACACAGUAGCGCCGACGGACGAGGCGACGAAGUCAUUUUGUCCCACAGCGACUAUCAUGCCAACGAGCACAGUGAAGUCGAAUGCAAAGGUUGCCGCUCGCUGCUUACUGAAAACCAGCUGCUGAGGGACCUGCUGCUUCGCACGUCACCGGACGCCCAGCAAAUCAUCCACGCGUUCGAUAAGCGCCUGGACAACCAACGACAGCGCUUGGAAGUUGCCGGGGGGUUGAAAAUCAAGGGCCCCGUGACGAGCCCCAAGACCGUCACGGCCAUCAAGGUCAAGCCGACAGGGGUAUUGUCGCAAUCGAUCACACCAGAAGUGUUUCGAAAGCUAUCGCAUUCAGCGGCGGUGGAGCUGGUCAAAGUGCACCCGUCGUACAAGGAGCUGUACGACCUUGCAGCCAACCCAAACGGAACGCUCUUUGAACGCGUGCUGAGCUCGGACGUGUUUACAGAAGAGCAGAAGCGAAAGCAGCUCCAGCUGGCCCUCCUUCGCCAAAAAGAGCUCAACGACAUGGAUUCGCACCCGCGAAUUGCCAUCAAGUCGCCCAAGGCUGCUGGCGAUGCCUCGCACAUUUCGACAGCCAAAUCUCCCCGGAACGGCGCGUCGUCCCCUCGACAGGCCACGUCGCUUAGCAGGUCUUUGGACUCACCCACGGACAACUACUUUACGCUGCACAACAAUGUGGCGCUUCACAAGUCCUAACGAAUCUGUGUCAUGUUCUUGAAAGCUCCAACCUCUGUGCUAUGAAAUCGAUUGAGCUUCAGCAUACUCCUGCAUGUGCCAUAACCAGCACAAUUGGAUGGUUGCCAGCACGCGCAAUUUGAAUGAAAUGUGUGGCGGUGAACGAUGC